AUGCCGACCUCUCCUCCAACGCCUCUCGUGGCCCCAAACUACUCCACACUGGACUCGGUUGGCUUGCAAACCGUCAAUAAACACCAUAAGAAGAAGUCACUGAGGAUAAUCAAAACACUUUACUGUUUUUUGGACUUUAUAACCCACUACUGGUAUUACACGAGCAAUCCAUCUGAAUCGCAAGCUGCUGCCAAUAACCGGAACGGACCUUUCACAUACUGGAGGAUUUAUAGGACCUGGAAUCGUUCAUCGACAAAUACUACAUUCACUGCAGUAUGGAUACCGCCAGUACAAACCAACAAGAUACGCCAAAACCAAACAAACGGUACUUCUUCUACGGAUACAAGCGAUCUACAGACAUUGAGGACACUUGAGAUCUCUUUGGGGAGGUUUGCCAGAUUUGCUGAUGGAUCUGCUGUAGCACAGGUGGACUACAGACAGAAAGCAGGUCAAAUCCCCACCAACUACUUGAGGCGAGAGCUGGGCACCACUGACAAUGAGAUCCUCACUAGCAGACUCAUAGACAGGUCGAUUCGACCGCUUUUCCCUCCUGGCUACUUUUAUGACACUCAGAUCCUGUGUAACCUGCUAGCAGUUGAUGGUGUCAAUGAUCCAGAUGUGCUGGCUAUUAAUGCAGCUUCUGCGGCUCUGGCCCUGUCUGACAUUCCCUGGAACGGACCCAUAGGUGCCGUGCGUGUGGGCAUGGUAGAUGGAGAGCUGGUGAUCAAUCCCACCAGGGUAGAGAUGACUCCCGGCAGCCUUAACCUGAUUGUGGCUGGAGCUCCCAGCAGUCAAGUGGAAAAAUUCCCUCAGGCUGAGCCCUUUGAAUUAAUUGAAUCCUUCAACACUGUGAGCAAAGACAUCUUCCGCAACUUAGUGCUUAAUGAGUACAGGAGCUUCCCUCCGUACGCAACUAAUGAGAUUGGAAAGAUGGGAGGCCUCAACAGGAGGGAGCUGGGUCAUGGGGCCCUGGCUGAGAAGGCGCUGAGACCAGUCAUUCCUAAAGACUUCCCUUUCACUGUCAGGGUCACUACUGAGGUCCUGGAGUCCAACGGAUCCUCCUCAAUGGCUUCAGCAUGUGGAGGAAGCCUUGCUUUAAUGGAUGCAGGUGUGCCCAUCUCUUCUGCUGUGGCAGGUGUAGCAGUUGGCCUCAUUUCUAAGUCCAACCCAGAGAAACCUGCUGAGAUUCAAGACUACAGAUUACUAACUGAUAUCCUGGGAAUAGAGGAUUAUCUUGGAGACAUGGACUUCAAAUUGGCAGGAACAAACAAGGGCAUCACUGCUUUACAGGCACUCAGUCCUGUCAUUCAUAACACAUGUCUACAGCAAGCUUUUUGACUCACUAUGUGGCUGAAAGGGGCAAGAAAACCAAAUAAACAUAUUACUUUUUCAUGGAAAUAUUUCACCUGGUCCUUUUUUAGUGAUGUGUAAAUAUGAUUUGGAGAGCAGACCAAAGCAUACUUGGAGCUUUAAUUUAAGAUUUACAUGUUGUAAAUACAUCAAGAUUAUUAUUUAUUAUGAGACACUGUCACACUGUGUUGAGUCUUUAUUACUGCCCACUAGACAGGAUCAUGAUAGGAAUACAAAACAUUGUAGUGUAGUGGCAGCAUACCUGCACAGGUGACAGGAAAGGAAGCGUGGAUGCGGGUUCCCCUGACCAAUCAUCAACAAGGGCCAUCUGCAGUGAGCGUGACUGCAAGUGGUUUAAAUUUUGAGAGCAAAUGUUGGGUUAGUUUGUUGAGUCCGUAGGAAAGUGCCGGUUCGCUGCGUCAGUCGCUGUAGUCUCCGGUGUUGAUUCGAAUGCGUUUGUUUGGCCAGAACAUCUGCGUUGUGCCUGCAGGAAAACAGAACUUUAGGUGUUCGGUAGUGAUGGCCAUAUGAGGCCCCAUGAAGCUUUGGACCCUUGGACCAUGUAAUGAAAAUUGGUUCACUACUCAAAGCUUCAUUCAGUCAUUGAGCACGUGGGUGACAUCUGCUGGAGCAGCAGCUGUUGCACAGCCUUGCAAAGGUGACGCUGAAGCACCUUGCGUGUGCACUGAGUUUUGUUGUAAUGUGGAAAUGACCUAAAUAAAGCUGAAAUCUAACUUCA